UCUUGCAGCAUGCUGGCCAUAGCUCGGUCCCACUGGUAUCUCUGUUAGGGUAUGCUCUCCCUUUUCUCUCCCUCUUCCUUUUGCCCACCGCUUCGCUCGUUUCCUGCCCUCCUUGUUUCCUAGACCUUAUUGGAACCGCUACGAACUGAGCUUGUUUGAGAAAACCGCAGCAGAGGGUGUAGAGGGUGUCAGCUAAAAACGCAUUCGGAGGGCGAGAGCGGAAGACAUUGUUUUACACAAAAGAAACUCUCUCAUGGCGCGACCCCAUGUUCCAAAAUUUGGAAAUUGGGAUGCAAAUGGAGGAAACGGCGGAGCUUACACUGCAGUUUUUGAUCAGGCUCGUACUGGCAAGGGUGGAAAGCCCAUCAACCCCAAUGAUCCAGCUGAGAAUGAAGCUCUAGCUGCCCAAAUAUAUGGUGGCCCUCUUCCUACUCAGCGAAAUAAUGAUCGCCCCCCACCUCGUACAAGACCGGCGCAUGUUACUGAAGACGCUGCAAACCGCCCACGACAUGAAAGGCGCUCAAGUCGUGAGGAUUUGGAUGUACGUAGAUCAAAUGAUUCGGCUAGUCGUCAACCAUCUUCUGAUUACCAAGGACCUGCUCGCAAACCAGUAGGUGGACCUGGUGGUCGAGCUGAACCUCCAUUCAGGCGUCCUCAACCAGAUAUGGAUGGCGAUGGCUCAAGCCAUAAUGCUGAGCGCGCACCUGCAAAUCCUCAUGCCAAUAGAAUGAACGCACGUGAAACUGGACGAGGUGCUGCCUCACCUGCCUGGGAGCGGAGAGGUCGAAAUCCAUCUGGAGGAGACGAAGGCUCUGUGUUGGGGUCAGGUACUCUCAAGUCUCGUCCGCGACCCCAAGGUGGAAGAGCUGAGGAGUCGGGUAAAGGUGGUGCAUUGCCCAAAUUUGGAGAUUGGAAUGAGAAAGACCCAAAUGCUGGAGAUGGUUUUACCAUGAUCUUUCAGAAGCUUUCAAAUGAGAAGAGAGAAGGUGGACCAGUGCACAUUCCUAGGUUGAAUUCAGACCACCAGGCAUCUCAUGAGGACAGUCUCGGCAAGCACAGUCAGCUUGGUGUGCAAAAAACUUCCAAUGCGAACGAUCAACCGAAAUGCUGCGUCAUUUUGUGAAGAAGUAACAGUGUGACUUUUAAAUCCUAUUUGCAGUGGUUUUGCUGCUUUAGUGGUUUCGAAGACGACUAUGACCGAUUAUUAAUCACGGUCGAGCUGUUAGCAGUCUCAACGUCAAAUAACAGGAAGGUUACACGUCUACUGUUACGUUUGGGUACCUUCAGUCAUUUGUAAACUUUCUUCUGCGCAGUUACACUGGCGAGUGUGGUUUCUUCAUGUGCUAUUAACGCAGUUAUCGAGUAUCUCCGAAACGCAGGCUGUCAAUAUCUUAGCAAGCUAUCGUUUUCUGAAAUUUUUUAUUUUGUUUUUUCUUUUUUAUUUUCAAAAAAAGUUUUCUAUAGUGAAGUUUUGAGAGGCUUCUUAAUUUGGCUUUCCUGAGAGAAUUCCUGAGGCGCGGUCUGUUGAUCUCUAAAUGCACCUGCGUUGGGCUGAUAAAAUUUGCAACAGUACUUAUUACAUCUAGGCUUGCAGGAUCAUACUUCUGUCACCUCCGUGUGUAGUUUGCUUUGCACUGUUGAUCUGACUUUCUGUUGAUGAGGACCAACUCUUGAUGUAACCAUGUCUAAUCAUAAGACAGUUUUAUGUAGUGGAGGCUACCUCCAUUUCGGAGGUUGAGGUUUGGAGAUAUGCAAUGUUUGUGACCAUAAUGUGCCGUUUCCCCUAGGCACAGAGAGAAUUGUCAAAUUUCGAAUCCAACGGAGAAACCCUGUUUCAUUUUUUUCUCCUUUGGGUUUCCUUUGUAGCAUUAUAAAUGUAAUAGAGCAGUUAUGUGAUCUGUUCCA